UUCUUCCUUUCCGCAUCAACAUCUCGACACAACACCAAAAAUUCCUCAAUACUUCGAUCUGUAUUGUGCAUCGAAACGUUCAGUUCCAUACAUUGGAUUCCCAGCAACAUCUUGUGUCAAUAAAACACCAAUCUGCCCGUUGACUACCUGUUUUCAGGCUUCAACAAACCCAUUCCAUCCAUCCGCCACGCGCGAGAUCAAUCACUAUGCCUCCAAAGAAGGCCACAACCACCGCCGCCGCUGCAAAGGCAGCUCCAAAGACGAAGGUUGCGCCCAAGUCUGCUAAUACCAAAGCUACUCGAGCUCCAAGCAAGGGCAGUGCUUCUGUUGUUUCGACCACGGUCACCAAAACAACUACCACGAUCAAGGCAACAAAGAGAAAGGCUUCCGAGAUCGAGGACGACGCAUCCGUACCCAAUGCCAAGAAGUCGAAAGCUACUCCAACCGUCGAACCUAAAGCUGCAAAGACUGCUACAAAGAAAGCUCCAGCUGCCAAAGCCGCGUCCAAGGUCCCCGCGAAGAAGACGGCGAAAGCUGCUGCUCCCGAGAAGGUUGCAGCUAAGAAGAGACAAUCUGAAGCUGAGGAGAGUGAGGAGAGUGAAGUAGAACCUGCUCCGAAGAAGGCAAAGGUUGCCAAGGCCGCUCCAAAGGCUGCUGCGAAGAAGGUCACUAAGGCCGCCCCAAAGGCUAAGACUGCUCCAAAGAAGACUGAAAGCAAGAAAGCUGAACAAACCGAUGAUGAAGAUGCGAAACCCGCCCCCAAGGUUAAAGCCGCUCCCAAACCAAAGAAGGUCGCCCCUCCCAAGCCAGUCAAGGCACUCCCCACCAUCAACAAAGUCCCUACACAAGUCCUGGAUGUCUUUGUCUUUGGUGAAGGCGGUUCAGGUGAACUUGGACUCGGCGCGAGAAAGGGAGCAGAUGGCAAGAAGGUCAUUGAUGUUACUCGUCCUCGUCUCAACCCUCUCCUCUCUGCAAAGGAUGUUGGUGUCGUGUGCAUUGCUGUUGGUGGCAUGCACAGCGUUGCUCUCACACGCGAUAAUAAGAUCUUGACUUGGGGUGUCAAUGAUCAAGGUGCUCUAGGUCGUGCCACUCCUAAUGAGGGUAAGAUGGUUGAUCUGCCCGAGGCAGGAAAAGAAGACGAUUCGGAUUCUGAUUCUGAUGAUGAUGAUUCUGGUUUGAACCCAUCUGAGGCUGAACCAAGACAAAUUGAUCCUUCUCACUUCCCUGAAGGUACUCUCUUUGCGUCUGUUCAUGCUGGAGAUUCUACUACAUUCGCUCUUACCAACACUGGCUUGGUCUACGGCUGGGGUACGUUCCGAGGAAACGAUGGUAUCAUUGGUUUCCGCAGCGGCGUCCACACCCAAUCCACACCCAUCCUCAUCCCCGAACUCAAAGACAUCACAAACAUUGCCGUCGGCACAAACCACGUUCUCGCUCUUAACACCAAGGGCAAGGUUUUCACCUGGGGCGCUGGCGAGCAGAGUCAACUCGCUCGUCGCGUCGUUUCACGUACCGCUAUUGGCGCUCUCAUCCCACGAGAGUUUGGCCUUCAGCGCAAGAAGAUCGUUCAUAUUGGCUGUGGUGACUAUCACAGUUUCGCCGUCGAUAACAAGGGAGCUGUCUACUCAUGGGGAUUGAACUCAUUCGGCCAGACGGGCGUACCAAAGGACGAAGAGACCGUCGAGAAUGCCAUCGCUACACCCACCGUCGUCAAGUCUCUAUCUGAUUUCGAUAUCAAGCAAAUCGCCGGCGGAGCUCACCACACUCUAGCUUGCACUUCCACCGGCCAAGUCCUCGUCUGGGGUCGUAUCGAUGGUGAUCAAGCUGGUGUCGAGAUGGAGGAUCUCAACCAGGAACAUCUCUUCUUGGACGAGCACGGCAAGCCCAGAUACCUGAUCAAGCCCAACGUCGUCCCCGACAUCGAGGCUGUCUACGUCGCCACUGGUCCUGAUACCUGCUUGGCUGUCGACAAGGACGGGAAGGCUUAUACAUGGGGAUUCAGCAGCAAUUAUCAGACUGGGCAGGGAACGGCCGAGGAUGUGGUUGAGGCCACUUGGGUGGAUAAUUCGGCUGUGAGGGGGAAGAAAAUUGUUUAUGGGGGGAUUGGUGGACAGUUUGGGGUUUUGGGAGGUGUGCAUGUGGAUGAGUAAGGUGGAUGAUGAGGCGUGGUUGAGUUGGGAGGAUGGUACCUUGCGUUCAAGGUCUGAAUUGGGGGACGAAUUUUCAGUGGGCCAGCGGCUGAGGCCAAAAUCAAAACGAUUUAGGAUGGGUGGAAGGAACCAGGGGGAAAUACAGACCAUCUUGUGUUUGGUUGGGUUUGGGUGGAGAUUCGCGCUCUUCAUAUUUAGGCUUUGUUUCACCUCGUCGUUUCCUCCCAAUUUUUUUCUUUUUCUUUUUGGCAUUCAGUAGAUACACAUCCUUGCGCAGGGCGCGCGCGGCGUUGGUGGUUUGUCUUUCUUUGUCUUCAUUAUUCGUUCUUGCAUUUAAGGAUAUUUGGGGAUACGCAUACGGGAUGGAUGGAUUGAGUGUAGGCAGCUGCAGCUGCAGCUGCAGCUCUGGUCUUCGAUUAGUUAGGCAGGCAGGCAGGCAGGCAGGUAUCACAAAAAUGUAAUAUUAGAGAGAGAAAGGGGGAGGGGGGGUAAUUUGAAUAACUUUGUCUGUCUGACGUCUGAAAUUAAAGGUGUAUCUCGU